AUGGAUUGGAAACCUCAGGACGAGCCAUUGAGGCAGCUAUCAUGCUGCCUCAGAGACUCCCUCAAUGGCCAGGAUGCGGCCAUGCGGAAGCAAGCUGAAGAGAUGCUGGCUCAGGCUACAUCUUCUCCGGACUAUGUCAACUACAUUACCUAUCUCUUCUCCACCGCGGAGGUUCCUGCCUGCGUCGGCAUGGACGCAACCACCUACAACUUUGUCCGAUUCGCUGCUGCCAUGAAUAUCAAGACCAAGAUCGCCUGGGGCUACCACACCCUUCCCCAGCAGAGCCUGAUCUUCAUUCGAUCUGCCGCACUCGUUGCGCUCCGCGACAAUGAUCGUCAGGUUCAGAGAGGUGCCGGCAGCAUCAUUACGGAGCUUGUGCAACGGGGUGGCCUUUUGGCCUGGCCCGAGAUCCUCCACGAGCUUCUGUCUCUCGUUGGAAACUCCCCGGGAAAUGUGUCCGUUCCUGCUCAGGAGGCCGCAAUGAAUGCCCUGUUCAAGGUCUGCGAGGACAACCGCAAGAUCCUCGAUCGCGACUACCAGGGACAGCGCCCACUCGACGUGAUCAUCCCCAAGCUGCUUGAAUUCACCACCCGCGAAAGUUCUCGUGUUCGCUCCCUCGCCCUGAACAGUCUCCAUGUCUUCCUCCCGCACCAGCCCCAGGCCUUGAUGGCUUCGCUCGACCUGUUCCUUUCUCAGCUGUUCAACCUAUCAUCUGACAAUGACACCGAGGUCCGGAAGAUGGUGUGCCAGUCCUUCUCCCAGCUUGUCGAGUUUGCGCCAGACAAGCUUAUCCCGCAUUUGGAUGGCCUCGUCAACUACAUUCUCAUUCAGCAGCGAAACCAAGAGGACCCGGAACUUGCUCUUGACGCGGCAGAGUUCUGGAUUGUUGCUGGCGAACAGGAUAAGUUGCAGCAGGCUUUGGCGCCCUUCAUGCCAAAGGUUAUCCCAGUUCUGCUCCAGAACAUGAUUUACGAGGAAGACGAAGUUGAACGCCUGAUGAAUGAAGCGGAUGAUGCCGAUGCCGAGGAUCGUGUCGAAGAUUUGAAGCCGCAAUUUGCCAAGGCCCAGGGUGCUCGUGGUGACAAGAAGCAGGGUGAACAGGCCAACGGUGCUCAGAAGCAGCCCCAGGAGGAAGACGAAGACGAUCUCAGCGAGGGUGAAAUCGAGGACUCCGAGUUCGGUGACCCCGAGGAUGAAUGGACCCUGCGGAAGUGCUCUGCUGCCGCUCUGGAUGUGUUCUCGAAUGUAUACCAUGACCCGAUCUUCGAGAUUAUUCUUCCCUACCUGAUGGAGACCCUGCGCCAUGAGCAGUGGCCUAACCGCGAAGCUGCGGUUCUUACUCUGGGAGCCGUUGCGGAUGGUUGCAUGGAUGCGGUUACCCCCCACCUUCCCGAGCUUGUGCCCUAUCUGAUUUCUUUGUUGAACGAUGCUCAACCCGUUGUGCGCCAAAUUACUUGCUGGUGCUUAGGACGGUACUCCGAAUGGGCCUCUCAUCUUCAGGACCCCGCACAGAAGGCUCAGUUCUUUGAGCCAAUGAUGGAAGGUAUCCUUCAUCGGAUGCUUGACAACAACAAGAAGGUACAGGAAGCUGCCGCGUCUGCAUUCGCCAGCUUGGAAGAGAAGUCAGAUGACAACCUGGUGCCCUACUGUGAGCCCAUUCUCCGUCAGUUCGUUCAAUGUUUCGGCAAGUACAAGGAUCGCAACAUGUACAUUCUCUAUGACUGCAUCCAAACGCUCGCUGAGUGCGUCAUGGAAGAGCUGGCUAAGCCUCAGUUGGUCGACAUCCUCAUGCCUGCCCUCAUCGCCCGGUACAACAUUGUUGUGGAUGAUUCGCGUGAGAUCUUCCCGCUACUCGAGUGUCUUGGCUACGUUGCUGCUGCAUAUGGAGAUGCCUUUGCACCAUUUGCGCCAAACCUUUUCCAGCGCUGCACUGGCAUCAUCUAUAAGAACCUUGAAAUAUCCCACGCCGCGACGAGUAACGAGACUGUCGAUGAGCCGGACAAGGAUUUCCUCGUGACCAGCCUUGAUCUUCUCAGUGCUAUCAUCCAGGCUAUCGAUCCUCAAAAGAGUGGCGAGCUGGUGGCCAAUUCGAACCCACAUUUCUUUGAUCUGCUCUGCUACUGCAUGCAGGAUGCUAAUUACGAGGUGCGCCAGUCUUCAUAUGCCCUGCUGGGCGACUGUGCCAUCAGCAUCUUUCCUCAUAUGGAAUCCUUCAUCCCCACGAUCAUGCCUACCAUCAUUCAACAACUCGACUUGGACCUUAUCCGUGAUGACGACCGCCAGACUGGUUUCAGUGUGUUGAACAACGCCUGCUGGUCAUGUGGUGAGAUUGCUGUGAAUGAGAACGCCCCUCUGUCGCCUUAUGUCGAGAAACUGUACCGUGGACUCUUAGUCAUCAUUAACAGCCCGGAUAUCAUUGACUCUGUCAAUGAGAACGCUGCCAUGGCCCUUGGACGCCUUGGCCUCUGCUGCCCCGACGCGAUGGCACCUCAACUGGGCGAGUGCGCCGGCCCGUUCCUGAGCUCGAUGGCCAAGAUCGAUUUCACUCGCGAGAAGGCCUCUGCGUUCCUUGGCUUCAACCAGGUAGUUAUGAAGAAUCCUCAGGCAAUGGAAUCCAGCCUGGCGGAAUAUUUCCGGGCCAUUGCCUCUUUCCCGAGCAAGUCGCUCUCCCAAGAGGAAUACCGAGACAUUAAGAGCUCCUUCCAGCAGGUUCUACAAGGCUAUAAAAACAUGAUACCCGACUUCGGUUCUUUCCUCGAGCAGCAACUUCCGGCUCAAGCGGCCCAGAAGCUGCGUUCCAAUUAUCAGGUUUGA